AUGGCUUCUCCAGCACCCAGAGCCGACGACGAGCGUCAGUCGGCCAACCCGGCGUCUCUCUCGAUGGACCCCAACAAAAGGGUGGCCAGAAACAAGCCUGCCAUCAAGCCGCCUCUCAAGGACGUGCCCAUGGGACGGUUCCUGACGUACCUCUCCCUCGGUCUCCUCGCGCUUGUCGUAUUCUACAGUUGGCGCUUUACGGUCUGGGCCGACAAUGUCGGGGGAUACUGGAACCUCAUGACUGGACGCCGGCCGCAUCCGCAGGACCCAGGGGCCGCAGGCGUCGCGGCGGGCAUGGCUGCGAAUGGCCGGUCGGGGGAUGACCGUGGCGGCGACUCGCAGGCGCGCGGCCAUGCGGCUGCGGCAGCGUCUGCUGUAAAGUCUGCCGGCGCUGGAGGCGACGACACCGACGCCCAGCUCGCCGAGGUGGCUGACAAGCUCGGCUACACGCCCGAACAGCUGAAGGAGGCCCUCAAGAUGCUCAAGAUCCUCGACCCCAAGGGCGAGGGAGCAGCUGUGCACGCCGAUGCAGACGCUGCUGCAGCAGCUGCGGCUGCGGCUGCCGCCGCUGCUGAAUCCUCGGCCGAGCCAAAGGAGGACGGGCCCAGCAUCCUCAGUGUCGUGGGCGAGGCGCUGCUCGACUAG